UUUCGUGUUCUUUUAAAAUGGGAAUGGGAAACGAGAUUUUACUGCAAAUUCUAUCAUGUUUGCUUCCAAAAACUUUGACGAGGUUCAAGUGCGUCUCUAAAUGGUGGUGUGCUCUCAUCAGCAGCCCGGAGUUUGUAGUGAAGCACGUGCAACACAAUUCUGAUCCCGACAAUAAUAUUUUGUCCUCCUCCUCCACUUGUACAGUCCUUUUGAGGCGAUUAUUAGUGGAUGAUAUGGUAUGCGAGAGCCGACCCCACACCGAGCCCCGGAAGCACAUCAUUCAUGUGAUCCGCUUAGGUUUCUUUCUAGUUUCGAGGACAUGGACAUGACCAACCUAAAGCAGCCGCUGUUUGGCGAAGAAAACACAUUUCGUAUUGUAGGCCACUGUGACGGUAUCAUUUGUGUCCAACUUAAUGCUGCAGAGGUGUUGUUAUGGAACCCAGCAAUUCAUGAGGCACCCAAGCUACUGCCUCCGGAGCCGUACCUAGAUGUCGACAUUGGUUCAUCAAUGCGUGACAUGUCACGGGCCCUGGGAUUUGGCUAUGAUCCUAAAACCAAUGAUUACAAAGUUGUUGACAUUGGAUAUCCUGGCUAUGAAACAUAUGGUGAUGGUGGAAAUGACCUUAUAAUUUAUACGCCAAAACCAGUAGUGUACAGUUUGGGGACGGAUACUUGGAGAGAGAUCGCGACGGGCUCUCUGGAAACUGAAACUACAAACCUUUGGCCGGAGGAUUUCCAGUUCUACUUAAAAGGGAUGUGUUACUGGGUGGGGCACGAGCAAUCUAAGUUGAUCGACGGCUGGGGUGACAUGCUGGUGGAAGAAGUUAGGGAUGUGAUCAUUUCGUUUGAUAUGAGGGAUGAGGUGUUUCACGAUAUACUGUUGCCGCAUGUAUAUGGUUUAAGCCCAACGAUUUUUUAUAAUAUACGACUUCUGCUGUGGUAUCAUAAGUCUGUUGCUCUCUUUGGAUGCCAUGGUUGGGGACACAAUGAUGAAUCCUUUGGAAUAUGGGUCCUGCAUGAAGAAUUUGGAAAUCGGCCGAACAAUAAUUAUUAUAAUGCUACUUGGACCAAACACCAUGCUUUUGAUCUCACUUUGACCCACAAGCCUUUGGCAUUUUGGAAGAGCGAUGAGAUUCUUUUGGUUUCUGAGUAUGGUUAUCUACCUCUAGUCUCCUACAACCUCCAUACAAAAGCAUCAUCUCAGUGUCUUCCUAUUCUAGGCAAGGCGAUUGGUUUUGCCGCUGUUAUUUACGUGCCUAGUAUGGUUUCUGUUUUGGAAUUCAGAAAACUUUACUCUCCGUGA